AUGCUAAUACGAAACAUAGGACUAAGGCGAUGCACUCGCAGACUUCUAUCAACAAAGAUCAAGGAGAGCUCGUCAACAAAUACCAGUCAUGCUAUUUCCAAUAGACAACUACUUUACACCACUGACGCAGCUUCACCCGGAUCAAUCUUUUUCUUACCACAUGGAACUAGAAUAUUAAACAAGCUCAUUCAAUUUAUGAAAAAUCAGCAAAUAAAGUACGGCUUCCAAGAAGUCGUUACUCCGUUGAUUUUCAAAACCAAAUUGUGGAAAAAGUCGGGACAUUGGGAUAACUAUAAAGACGACAUGUUUAAAGUUGUUGGGUUUGAUAUGUCUAAGGAAGAGAUUACUGAGGGAUCAAUAGAAGAGCAUGAGUAUGGCUUAAAACCAAUGAAUUGCCCGAGCCACUGCAUGAUUUUUGCUAAAUUCGAUCGUAGCUAUAAUGAAUUGCCUAUACGGUAUUCUGAUUUCAGCUCAUUGCAUAGGAAUGAAGCUAGUGGGGCAUUAUCUGGAUUGACAAGAGUGAGAAGGUUUCAUCAAGACGAUGGCCACAUUUUCUGCAAUGUUAGUCACAUUGACCAGGAGAUUAAAAACACGUUGAAUUUGAUCAAGGAUACCUAUGGGGUGUUUGGAAUUACAAAGAUCGAUUAUUACUUGUCAACGCGACCAGAAAAGUACAUGGGGGAUGUCGAUACAUGGGACGAGGCAGAAUCUCAAUUGAAAAAAGUGUUGAACGAGAGUACGGGGGAAGGAGCAUGGCAAAUCAGGGAAGGCGAUGGCGCUUUCUACGGUCCAAAGAUUGAUGUUCUUUUGACUGAUGCGUUCAACAAAAAGCACCAAGUUGGGACAAUUCAGUUGGAUUUUCAAUUACCUAAACGAUUCGAUCUAAAGUAUGCUGCCGAAGAUGGUUCAAGAGAUAACCAACCUAUAUUGAUUCACCGAGCAGUGUUUGGUUCUUUGGAAAGAUUCUUUGCAAUCUUGUUAGAUCACUAUCAAGGGAAAUGGCCGUUUUGGAUAAAUCCGAGACAGGCAAUGAUUAUACCGGUGAAUGAUUCACAUGUUGAUGCAGCUGAAAAGUUGCAGCGCAAAUUAAGUGGAGACAUCAUCAAUACAGAUGAGCUGAUAUCUCCUUUAACUGGUUUCAAUUUUCAUGUUGACGUUGACAAGAGGGCAGCAACUGUGGGACACAGAACUAAAGAAGCAAUCCAAAGUGGGAAUUCCUACAUUAUCUUGAUCGGUGAUAGAGACAUCGCCAACGGGACAUAUUCAGUAAGGUCCAGGGAUGAUAGGAAAGUUGAAAAUUUGACAGGUGAUGAGAUUUAUCAAAAAUUUGUAGACUUGGAGAAGAAGUAUCAGUGA